AUGCUGCCAUAUGUCCCUUCUCCCCCAGACAAGAGGGGAAAGGGAUUGAGAGAAGGGUCUCUGCGCAAGGAUGCAGAGCCUGAGCGGAGUCACUCCCCACAGAACGCUGCCCGGCGCUCAGCUGGCCAGGCGUUCCCCUCAGCCCGCCAUGAAAAGACAGCUCGCGCGGCCCCCUGCGCCCCACUCAGCGCCCCGUGGGCCGCGGGCGGGGCCGCCCGCGCGGUGACUGACAGCCGCCCUCGCCAAUCAGCGGCCGCGCCGAAGGCCGGGAUUUGCACGCGGUGCGGCGUUGCCGCGGUAACGGCGGCGCGCGGCGGCAGGGCGGGCGGUGCGGCCUGGCCGCGGCCACGUGAGCGCCUUCCCGCCCGCCCCGCCUCCCUCCCUGCGGAGCGGGCACGCCGGGCCCUGGGCGGCGGCAGCACAGCACCCAGCCCCCGGGCGCAUGAGGGAGUUGUGAUCCACGCGGAGGAAACAUAUGUCAAGAAAAACAAUGUGAACAAAACUUGUAGUAGUCUAUCAAGCGCUGAAUAAGCCAUUAUUAUCUCUAACACCUUGCCUUUAGAGCAAGUUUCAUGAUCUUAUGUGCCACAUCUUCCCAGAAUUUUUCCCAAAGUAGUACAUCUAGAAUCUGGAUCCCAGAAGAGGUAACCAGGCACUGCAAUAAUAUCACAACAGUCAAAUUCUUCAGACAUGUCUCAAACACCAAGAAGACCUCCCUUCAAGGUAUGCUACAUCUGUGGCAGAGAAUUUGGGUCACAAUCUAUUGCUAUACAUGAACCUAAGUGCCUGGAGAAGUGGCGUAUUGAGAACAAUCAGCUGCCAAAGCACCUCAGAAGGCCAGAGCCCAAGAAACCUGAGGCCCUUACUGGUUCUGGUUCCUACACACUUGCAGAUGAAAAUGAAGCAGCUUAUUAUAGUGCUCAAGCCCAGCUGGUGCCCUGCAGGAAGUGUGGCCGAACCUUUUUCCCUGACCGUCUCCCUGUGCACGAAAGGUGCUGCAAAGGAGGCGGCAGCGGUGCGAGGCUGCCAAGCGCUGCCGCUGGUAAAUCUGGUACAGCACCAAGAUCUGGACCUGGCCCAGCAAGUGGUAUUCAACCUGAGGCCCAUCAAGGAACGAGCAGGGCUGCACCAGCUGUGUCAGACCAGGCAAAAGUGAUAAGACGGCCACCAACAGUGAUUUGCUACAUAUGUGGCCGUGAGUAUGGAACAAAAUCUAUUAGUAUACAUGAGCCACAAUGCCUGAAAAAAUGGCACCAGGAGAAUGAAAACCUCCCCAAGCACUUGAGAAGGCCAGAACCCAAAAAACCUGAAGUCAGGACUGUGCAAGCCAAAGGUUUCUAUGAUCUUGAUGCUCUAAAUGAGGCUGCCUGGACCAGUGCCCAAGCCCAGCUAGUUCCAUGUGAUAUUUGCGGGCGUACUUUUCUUCCAGACAGACUGAUCGUCCACCAGAGGUCCUGUAAACCGAAACCUGCAAAGUGA